CAAGAAAUAUCGCAACCGUGUCUGCGGAUCAUGUCGAUCGUCCUCUUUUUGGCAUGGAAAAUUGUUGAAUUUAAAUCGAUCUCUUCUCUUCAACUCGAAAUGCACAAGAACGCCUCCUCGAAAGAAGUCGCAGUCUUAGGGUUCUUUCCUGUUUCCGACUAAAUUAAUUGGCUUCCCCCCGAAGACGAAAUUCACGCCUACAUGGAAGACUGCUGUGCUGUGUGCGCCGAAACCCUCGAGUGGAUCGCCUAUGGAUCAUGCGGCCAUCGCGAACUGUGCUCAACCUGCGUUGUACGCCUCCGAUUCAUCCUUGGCGACCGUCACUGCUGCAUAUGCAAAACCGAUUGCCCCACCGUCUUUGUAACCAAGGCGUUGGGGAAUUUCACCGAGGCAAAAUCAGAUUUUUCAGAAUUCCCACCCGGUGUUAGUGAAGGCCAGCAUGGUAAAUACUGGUACCAUGAGGACUCUCAGGCAUAUUUUAAUGAUGUGGACCAUUACAGAAUGAUAAGAGCAAUGUGCAGGCUUUCUUGUAGUAUAUGUGAUAAUAAUGCAGCUGACCAAAAGAGAGAUGGCAACAGAAGGAACAAAUUUAGGAAUAUAGAGCAAUUGAAAGGUCAUCUCUAUCAUCAACACAAGAUGUUUAUGUGCAGCCUAUGUCUGCAAAGCAGAAAGGUAUUUAUUUCUGAGCAAAAGCUUUACAAUAGAUCACAGCUGAGGCAACACAAUAGUAGCGGUGAUUCGAAAGCUGAUGGAAAUGAGAGUGAACGUGGCGGCUUCACAGGGCAUCCCAUAUGUGAAUUCUGUAGAAACCCUUUUUAUGGGGAUACUGAACUUUACAUGCACAUGUCUACAGAACAUUAUACAUGCCACAUUUGCCAAAGGCAACACCCUGGUCAAUAUGACUACUAUAGGAACUACGAUGACUUGGAGGAGCAUUUCCGACAAGUGCAUUUUUUAUGUGAACAUGAAGCAUGUCUCGCAAAGAAAUUUGUUGUCUUUCAAUCUGAAGUUGAGAUGAAGAGGCAUAAUACUAUCGAACAUAGUGGCUUGUCUCGCUCCAAAAGGAAUGCUGCUCUUCAGAUACCUGUUAGCUUCAGAUACCGAGGUAGUGCUGAAGAACAUCAACAACGAGGAAGGCGGCGUGGUUUUCAUCUGGACCCAAGUCAGUUAACCAUCCAAGGUAGUUCAGAGAUGGCAGCUGCGGAUGGGAGUUUGCACGAGUCAUCUUCUGUUAGUGGUAGAAUACAUAGUGACAUUGGAGAAACUAAUCAAUCUGAUAUGAUCACAAGUACCAUGGAAUCGCUAGCUGUCAGUUCACACCCUGAAGAACUAUCUUCAAUGUCGGAUGCAAACAACACCCAGAGUUUUGGAAGUGCUCCUGCUGUAGAAGAAAUUUCUUUUCCUCCCCUCUCUAAUUUUGUGCCGCCUGAGCCAACUUCCAGGUAUGCUCAGGCUCUUAAUCAAGGGAUCUCUGCCCGACUUGUUGAAGCAUCAUUUCCUCCUCUUCCAGGAGCGAAAGACAGCAUUAAACCAAUGAUAGCACCUGUGGCAGAGGGAUUAGCUGCAAAUACUAUUGCAGCUCGUCUUAAGCUACAUAGCAAAGUUGUGCACUCUGCUCGACCGAAAGCUUCACAAGAUCAUGAACAUGGUUACCCCAUUUCAGGAAGUUCUUUGGAGAUGAGGCCACAGACACGAAGUCAAAGUCCUGUAACAUCAAAUUCAAAUUUUAUAACUGGGAUUACAGCAAACCAGGUAUUUCCACCAGUAAGUUCUGCUAGUCCCCAGGUUCCAAUAUUAAGAGGAAAUGGAUUUGCAACCUCUAUUCCUAUCAGCUCUGUAUGGAAUUCACAUAGCUUGAAUAGAGCAAGGCUUUCUGCAUCAGCUCCUAACCCAAGCAUCAGUUGUCCUCCAAAUAAUCCUCCAUCCAGUAUCAUUUCUUCUGUCAAUUUAAACGGGGAAUUGUCCUCUAGCAAUGAAUCCUUGCAACAUGUGCAGAAUGUUCAGAUAGCAAACAAGUCUUUGGUAGAAAGUAUUCGUUCAGGCCUGGGAAUGGAUGAGGAAAAAUAUGCUGCAUUUAAAAUCAUUUCUACUGAAUAUCGCCAGGACCGUAUAGAUUCUUGGGAAUAUCUCUCUUAUGUUGAGCAGUUUGGCCUUUCACAUCUUGUUCUUGAUUUGGCUCGGCUCUGUCCUGAUUCUAAGAAGCAACAGGAACUGAUUGACGCUUACAAUGCAAAUGUAUGCCAUAUUGGUGUGCUAGAAAACAACAGCGGUAGGACGGCUGGAACACAUAAGGUUGAGAAGAGGCGAAAGGGAAAGGGCAAAGCUGUUGAAACCGCUCCUAAAGAUUCAUUGGCUGAUAACAAUUUAGACAAUGGUAGAGAGCUGCAGACAAGUGAUCAUUCUUUCAAGGAAAUGGAGGUCUUGUCGAAAGAUGGCUAUUACACUGCAAAAGUCCAACUUUCCUCAACCAGAGAGCAUAACACCACAGGCUCUAUGAUUGUAGAUGAUUCAAGCAGCCAAAGAAAAACUAUUACCGAUAACUCAGGUGGUGAAUUUGGCAGGAGAAAUCGCAAGUUAAAGUUUCAUAUAUUACCUUUAGACGAGGGUAAUGCCGAUGGGAACCCUAGAAGAAUCAGUGGGGAACACAGCACAGAUGACUCUAAUAGGGUACCUGUCCUAGGGGUUUGGCAUAAUGGUGGCGGACAUAGGCUUGUUUCUCAGAGCUAUGCCUCCAGAUGAGAUGCCCUUUUAGCAUUAUGGGCUGUGUAGUAAUUUUGGUAUGUGAGUCUGCUCAAGUCACAAUUUGCCCAAGUUGUGCGUGCAGAAGGGUGCAGAAAACUUGAGUGAAUUAGUUGUGGAGUUUUUUGAGACUUUGGAUCUGUUAUUGUAGUCCAGAAAUCGCAAGUGGUAAUAUAUGGUUUGUCCAUUUUUCAACCUUUUACAUUUUUAGCUUUCCAAUUUUUUGGUUAAAGAUUACUACAAAGUACAAGGCAUGCACAAUGUGGAUCACCGUUCUCUUUAAAGGAUCUUUUGUUCAUUUUUUUCGCUUAAAAUAUGCGCGCAUGUUAGAAUUUUUUGCUGUCAGCGAGCUUGGUGGAAAAUCAUCUUUCCAGCAAGGUUCUCUUUUUAUGGGAAUGUUGAGCAGAAGUUCUGAAUAUCACUUUGAGCCUACGUUUCCCCAAAAGAAUAAAGUUCUCAAAUAUUGGAAAAAAUCAUGCGGCCAUGUUAGUAAACUUUCCCAUCCUAGCCAUCAAUGCCAGGCUUUCCUAUAUUAUUGUUGCUAGCCUUUGAUCUAAAGUUUAGUAACACUGGUUGAGGCAAUAUCGUUCUCGGCUCCUGCCAAGCUGUAGUCUGUGUUCGAAGAGAGAACUUUAUUAUAAGCACCAUUUUGGGAGCCUAUUGGUGGAAUUGAGUCAUGGUGAUUUAUGAGUUCUUUUGAGCUCAACUCAUAAAUGGUACAAAAGUUGAGAUAACAAGUCAAGGAUGAAUUAGCCUCGACUUGUUAGCCUAU